AGCGUUCCUUGUAACACGUCCCCCCAGGACGUUCCGAACCGCACGCUUGGAGCGAUGUUUCUUCAACUGCCCUCCGUUGCCAGAGACCAACGGCUUCUUGUUCAGGCUUUUUCCGGGAAAUGAACCUCUUAAUCCGUUCCCUUGGCCAGCCAACGUCGGGCUUCAAUGGCGGAGGCGGCGGCUGCCCUGGCCGGCUAUGACCCAGUCGUCUCUUCUCGCUCCGUUUGCGUCUAUACGAGCUGCUAUUGUGAAGAAAAUAUCUGGAAACUUUGUGAACAUAUCCGAAGCAAGAAUCAAUACCCUUUAGAAGAAUUUUAUGCUGUUUUCAUUUCCAAUGACAGAAAGAUGGUACCACUUUGGAAGCAGCAGGCAGGAUGUGAAGAUCAGCCUGUGAUCUGGGAUUACCAUGUUAUUUUGUUACACGUGUCGAACGGAGACCAGAACUUUAUCUAUGAUCUUGAUACUGUCCUACCUUUCCCUUGCCCUUUUGGCACUUACAUUGAAGAGGCUUUCAAAUCGGACAGCAUCAUUAACCCUGAAUUUCGAAGGAAAGUCAGAUUGGUUCGAGCUGAUAUGUAUCUGAAGACUUUUGCUUCUGACAGAUCGCACAUGAAAGACGCCAGCGGGAAGUGGCUGAAAUCUCCUCCCCUAUACCCAUGUAUUGAAACUGCAGAACAGUGUUUCUCAACCAUGGCAACUUUAAGAUGUGUGGACUUCAGCUCCCAGAAUUCCCCAGCUAGCCCGAGAAACACUAAUCAGAAGAUUCCAAAUUCAGAGUAUUUCAAGAUGAAUCUGGAUGACUUUAUUAGUAUGAAUCCAGAUACAGGCUGGGGUUUUGUGCGGAAACUCUCUGAUUUUGUGCAAGAAUUCGGCAGUCAGAACUAUGAAGAAGAAUAAUGAAGAAUUAAAAUUCUUCCUCCUUAUCAUCAUCAAAAUAUUUUUAAGCCUCUUCUCACGGAAAAGAUCCCAGAAUGGUUCACGAGAAUAUAAAAAGUAAUAAUUACAAAAUCAAAACACUCCAUUCAAAAGAUAAUGCGUUGAUGGAGUGUUAAUAGAUAUCUAAUUAAAAAAACAAAUCAGUGCAGCUAAUUUUUUUUUUCCUGCUGUCCUGGAUACUUUUAUGGAAAGGAAAAAGACAAAUAACUAGCAGUGAAAAGGUUUGAAGCAAACAAUUUAAAAAUAUUUUACAUUUUGUACAUUAUAGCAGAAUUUUAGACUGCCAAAUCUUAAAACAGAAAGAACCAUGGUAGGUGAAAUAGAUCGGACACUUCAAAGUCAUAAAAACAUCAUAUCAACAGCAGGGCAGUUUUUCUGCCAACAAUUUAGCAAACAAGAGGAACUGUUUUCAUAAACAAUUUGUGUCAAACUGCAGAGCUGCUAAAAUGAACCAUCAACAGGUUGCUGAGAAAAACGUGUCAAAUCUGUUCUCCCUUCUGUAGCGCAUGAAUAGAAGCCAAAGAAAUAUCAAAGAAAUAUCAAGAUUUCGUAGAUACUUUACUGCACUUCGAAGAUUCCAGGCUUAUUUCAAAAAAAGCAAGCAGGACACAUAUCUUGGUGUGUUUAUUGUUGAUUUGUAGGGAAGAUUUUUCUGGAAAACCAGAGAUUUUGCCAAAUGGUUUCCAGGAACAUAUACCUCAGGAUCCUAAUCCAGACACAAGGUUAUAAAACCAGACUAUUCUGGAAUAUGGUUUUUAUCCCUGAACUUGUGUGAACACGUCACAAAGUCCUAAAUUCACUUAAAAGUUAUAAAGUUAAUAUCCUAUACAAGUGAUGCAGAUUAUUAUUAUUAUUAUUAUUAGCCUUCAAACAACAUAGGUGCAACAAUCAGCUUUUCUACAGUGUAACAUUGACGUGUUUUGUCAAAUCAAAAAAUUAAAAAUUCACCUCCAAGCCACCUUCGAAGUAGCAGUUUUCGAAAAACUGGGUAGAUACAGGUAGUCCUCGACUUACGACCACAAUUGAGCCCAAAAUUCCUGUUGCUAAGUGAGAUGUUUGUGUGGUGAAUUGUGCUCCAUUUUACGACCUUUCCACAGUUCCUAAGUGAAUCGCAGCAGUUGUAACCCAGUUGUUGAGUGACUCGGCCUUCCCCAUUAACUUUGCAUGUCAGAAGGUCGCAAAAGUCAAUCACAUGAUCCCCAGGUCACUGCAACCGUCAUUUAUUUAUUUAUUAGUCCAAUUUAUAUGCCGCCCUUCUCCAUAGACUCAGGGCGGUUUACAAUGCAUUAUAGCAAUAGCCUGCAUACUUUUUUGUAUAUACCUGCUUAUUAGGGCUUUCGGCCCCCCCUAAGCGGUGUUGUUCUAUACAAAGUUGGCUUAUUGCCCCCACAAUCCAGGUCCUCAAUUUACCUACCUCGAAUGGAUGGAAGGCUGAGUCAACCUUGAGCCUGGUGAGAUUCAAACUUGCACUAAUUGCAGGCAGCUGGCAGCUAAGUGCUAGCUCUUAACAGCAGUUUAGUCCACUGCACCGCCAAGGCUCUUAAUACUCAUCAUAAAUACGAGUCAAUUGCCAAAGCGUCCGAAUGUGCAUCAUGUAACCAUAGGGAUGCUUGCAAGUGUAAAAAACGGUCUUAAGUGAACUGUUGUAAGUUGAGGACGACCUGUAUAGGCAGUAUAGGGCCAGAAGAAUAACAGAUUUGCAGCCCAGGUGAAGUAAUUUUUUUUGAAAGUUGAGUGAUAACAGUGAAUAAAAAUGACUUCACACACAUAUAUAUACAAACAGACUUUAAAAUCCCACUUCCCACAAGCAUCUGCAGGAACUUACUCUUCUUGUAAGAAUAAUAGGAGUUGUGUCCUGCCAUAAGGUUUUUGCAAACCUCUACGAAAGGGUUGGGCCUUGUCUCAUGAGAUUGCAACAAUGCUUUCAUUAUUUUGCACCCUUCCUGCAGAUGCCACUUUCUGGUUCUUUUUUAAUUCUCAUUUGCAUCCAAUCUCCAAAUCACAAAACCUUUUCCUUAACAUUUGAUACUCCUUUCUUCGCCCCAACGAGGCUUUCUUCCUGACAAGAGCCUGUCUAUGAAAACAUACAAGUUUCCUAUUCACUUACAGGUAGUCCUUGUUUAACGAUCACAAUUGGGAUCGGCAACUCGGUGGUUAAGCGAGGCGGUCACUAUAAGUGAAACUGACUGUUUACAACCACAGCAAAGAGCAGAAUUUCCGUGGCUAAGCUGAGCAGUUGUUCAGUGAGCCACACUCACUUUUACAAUUUUUUUUUUUUUUUUGGCCGUGGUGGGUAAGCAAAUUGUUGCAGUUCUUAAGUGAAUCACGCGGUUGUUAAAACGAAUCUGGCUUCCCCUCCUGAUUUUGCUUAUUGGAAACUAGUUGGGAUGGUUGCAAAUGGCAAUCAAAAGACACCAGGGAGCCACAACCAUCAUAAAUAUAUGUCGGUUGCCAGGCGCAAAAAUGUUGAUCUUGUGAUCGGGAGGAUAUUGUGACAAUUGUUAAGCGCAACAAAUGGUCGCUAUUGUACCUUUGUCAUUAAACAGAUGAUUGUAAGUCAAGAA